GAGGCAGUCGCUCCUUCUGCUUGGCGGCUGGACUGGAGAACGAACGGCCGCCGCAUCGUCGCGAGGUUUUUAGGGGAGGGAGCCGCCGGAGAAGGGGGAGGAGAGGAGGAGCGCGCCGAGGUCGGAGGGAGGAAGGAGGAGGAGAGAGAUGGCCGCCAUGGUUGGAGCACGCAGGGCCCUCCUAGCUGCCCGUUACUCGCCUCGCGGCGCGCUCGCUUCGCCCGUCCGUCGCGUGGAUUCGCCGCCCAGUCUUCCAGCUGACAGAGGUUGUCUGUGGCCUUUGGUUCCACAUCGAGGCGCUGGCAAUUUCGCAUCAGAACAGAUCGAUGGGGACUAUCACCGCGAAUGGGGAGCACGUAAUGAUGGGAACUACAGGGAGCCCCAUCGAACUGAUAGUCUCAGCCACCAAGUUCAGGCAAAUCUCCCUUCAACUGAUUCCUCUGUAGGAGCUGAUAGAAUUAGAGGUGUGAGUGGUGAUGGAAGUGUCAAUGCUAAUUACAGACGCAAUCCUGGGCAACCGGAGUUUCCAAAUCGUCAUGAGCCGUACAGUAGUGCAAGGGUGAAUAAUGGAGCAUCUGGAUAUAAUGACAGGCAACCCUAUGGCAGUGCCAAUGCACAGUACAGAAGCAAUUCUGCGCAGCCUUCCCAAACAGGUGGACCAUAUGGAUUUGCGAAUCGUAAUGAGCCAUAUACUAGUGCAAGAGUGAAUUAUGAAGCACCUGGAUACAAUGACAAGCAACCUUAUGGUGGUGGUACUACAUACAACCAGCAAAUCGCUAAUGGGGAUCUACCAAAUUCCCAGUAUAGCCGCAGACAAGGUAAUAAUAGUGGCGUUUCUGGAUAUGGUACAGGGCAUCAUUAUCAUGGAUCUGACACAUACAGAUCUGGCUACAACACCCAAAAUAACCAGCAGGCAUAUGAUAGUAGGCAGUAUGGAUAUGGCCCUUCAGGACAAUCAUAUCAAGAAUCAACUGGAAAUGAUCAGCAAGUCUUUCAACAACAGGAAGUUGAUCAAAGAUCUGCUGGCAAUUAUGCAAAUAGGCCUGGUUCUACCUCAGAAUAUCCAAAUCCAAGUAGAUUCAAUAAGGAACAUGCUGCAAAUUUUCAGCAAGGCUACAAUGGUGGUAUUGGACAUAAUGUUUCACAUGCACCUCAGAGCCCUUACGUCAGUAGCAAAAUUGAUGCACAAGGUAAUUUUCCAGGGCAACCCAUGAAUGUAAACAGAUCUGUGCAACACAAUACUCAUGCACCUGCACUGUAUCAAGAUGGCAUAUACCGCAAUCCACUAACUGAUAGCCCGUCAAUUGAUGGGUUACCUUCUGGAGCAUCUGAUGUAACCAGUGGAGAAUCCAAAGUUACUGUUGAAGAGAUGGAUAAGUUAUGUGAAGAUGGCAAAGUAAAAGAAGCUGUGGAACUUCUGGCUUUGCUACAGGAAGAAGGAACUGUAGUGCAUGCUCCUCAAUAUUUUAAAUUGAUGCAAGCAUGUGGUGAUGCAACUUCUCUUGCAGAAGCAAGAAAAAUACAUAAUCAAAUAUCUCAAUCAGCACUUGCUGUUGACACAGAUAUUAACAACAAAAUUUUGGAGAUGUAUGCUAAAUGUGGGUCAAUGGAAGAUGCGAAGAAGCUAUUCAAUACUAUAGCUCAACGUAAUUUGGCAUCAUGGAACACUAUAAUCUCAGGUUUUGUGUAUAAUGGUCUUGGUGACGAAGCAACUGAUUUUUUUGAUCAGUUUAAGCAGACAGGUAAUAAGCCAGAUUCAACCAUGUUCACACAUGUUUUCUUGGCAUGUGGAAUUUUGGGUUCUGUUGAUGAGGGGAUGUUGCAUUUUGAAUCAAUGCAAAAGGACUUUGGUGUAACUCCCACCAUGGAACAUUAUGUCAGCAUUGUUAAUAUGCUUGGGCAGUCUGGCUAUAUUGAUGAAGCUUGUGAAUUUGUUGAACAAAUGCCUGUGGAACCGAGCAUUGAUGUCUGGGAAAGUUUGAUGAAUAUGUGUCGACUAAAUGGCUUUUUGGAGCUAGGAAAUCGCUGUGCUCAAAUUGUAGAGCGAUUGGAUUCUUCUAGGCUAAAUGACCAGUCUAAAAUUGGUCUUUUCCCUGUUGAUGCUUCAGAACUUGCAAAGGAGAAAGAAAGAAAAAAGGCUAAUGCUGUUGAAGCUAGGAGCAAAGUUCAUGAAUACAGAGCAGGAGAUAGGUCCCAUCCUGAACAUCUUAAGAUCUAUGAAGAGCUGAGAUACUUAGCAGCUCAUAUGAAAGAGGCUGGCUAUAUUGCAGAUACUCGAUUUGUGCUUCAUGAUGUUGAUCAAGAAACUAAAGAGGAUGCUUUACUAGCUCAUAGUGAGAGGCUAGCUGUCAGUUAUGGUCUUAUAACUAGUGCUGCUCGGUCACCUAUUCGGGUUAUAAAGAAUCUACGCUCAUGUGGAGAUUGUCAUACAGCUUUGAAGAUAAUCUCUAAACUCGUUGGUCGUUUGAUCAUUGCAAGGGAUGCAAAGAGAUUUCACCAUUUUGAGAAUGGUGUAUGCUCUUGCAAAGACUAUUGGUAAACACAAUAUAGCAAACCUACAUUGUUCAAUUUUGAGGUACAAAACCACAAUAGGUUGUGUAAAUCCAGAAGGUAGGCUGUUGCCUAACACUUAGCUAGCCACUAGUUUCAUGUCAGGCACAUGUAUGCUUUUUCUUUGAAUGCUCAUUCUCUUUUGCUUUUCUUUUGGUGAUUUAUUAUUCAGGAAAUCAAGCGUUUGAACUUGAACAAUCUUACAUGCUGCCUUUCAGUGGCACUUCUUCUCUAGGAGGCCAUCUAAAUUCGCUGUAUGUGUCACUGCAAAAUGGUUCUAUAAACAUGCUUUUGUGCUGAUCCCAAUUGUCAGGAAAAAUAACACUGGUGUGUGCUUUAGCUGAAAACACAGCAUUCUGAUCGGUUCAUAUACUCAUUAGUUCACUGAACGUCCAAUGUUCGUUAUUCGACAACUGCUACUUUUGAUUUUAUUUCACUGAACGUCCAAGCUGCGUUAUUCGACAACUGCUACUUUUGAUUUUUCUUUUUGAAACAUGCUACUUUUGAUUUUAGUUGUAUGAGAUGGAGAUUACUAUACACAUAAAUUUCGUUUGGUUUUGUAUUGUGUACUUUUAA